UGGAUUUGGAUCAAACACAUGUGAACAUGGUCAGGAUGCUGCUGUCAUCUGUUCAGAUCUGAUCAGAUUGGCUGGGUCUGGAUCAACUCGAUGUUCUGGAAGAGUUGAAAUCUUUCACAAUAACAUCUGGGGAACAGUCUCUGAUGAUGGCUGGGACUUAAAUGAUGCUGAGGUGGUUUGCAGACAGUUAAAAUGUGGGACGGCACUAGGGAAUCUCCAAUUUGGUCACUUUGGUGCAGCAACUGGACAGAUUUGGCUCAGGGAUGUGACGUGUUCAGGAAAUGAAGGUUCUCUAACUGAAUGUCAACACUCAGGAUGGGGAAACAACUACAAUAGACAUUAUGAUGAUGUUGGUGUCAUCUGUUCAGGUAUGAUCAGAUUAGCUGGAUCAACUCGAUGUUCUGGCAGGAUUGAAGUUUAUCACAAUAACAGCUGGGGAACAGUCUGUGAUGAUGGCUGGGACUUAAAUGAUGCUGAGGUGGUUUGCAGAGAGUUCAACUGUGGGUCGGCACUGAAAGUUCCUACAUCAGCUCACUUUGGUGCAGGAACUGGAAAGAUUUGGCUUGAUCAUGUGACCUGUUCAGGAAAUGAAAGUUCUCUAACUGAGUGUCAACACAGUGGAUUUGGAUCAAACACAUGUGAACGUGGUCAGGAUGCUGCUGUCAUCUGUUCAGCUGUGUCCGUCAUUUUAACUGGAUCUGGAUCGACUCGAUGUUCUGGCAGAGUUGAAGUUUAUCACAAUAACAGCUGGGGAACAGUCUGUGAUGAUGGCUGGGGCUUAAAUGAUGCUGAGGUGGUUUGCAGACAGUUAAACUGUGGGUCGGCACUAGAGGCUCCUCGAUCAGCUCACUUUGGUGCAGGAACUGGACAGAUUUGGCUUGAUCAUGUGACCUGUUCAGGAAAUGAAAGUUCUCUAACUGAGUGUCAACACAGUGGAUUUGGUUCAAACACAUGUGAACAUGGUCAGGAUGCUGCUGUCAUCUGUUCAGGUGACAAAACUGUUAGAUAGAGAUGAUAUUGCAAAUUAGUCUGUUAUCUGAUCAGAUUGGCUGGGUCUGGAUCAACUCGAUGUUCUGGAAGAGUUGAAAUCUUUCACAAUAACAUCUGGGGAACAGUCUCUGAUUACAACUGGAACUUAAAUGAUGCUGAGGUGGUUUGCAGACAGUUAAAAUGUGGGUCGACACUAGAGAAUCCCCAAUUUGGUCACUUUGGUGCAGGAACUGGACAGAUUUGGCUCAGUGCUGUGACGUGUUCAGGAAAUGAAAGUUCUCUAACUGAAUGUCAACACUCAGGAUGGGGAAACAACUACAAUAGACAUUAUUUUGAUGUUGGUGUCAUCUGUUCAGGUGACAAACUGUAGAUAUGGAGCAAAGUGAAUGUCAAUGUGUUUUUCUGUGUUAUUGCUCCUUUACUUUCUUUAACGGAUAUAUAAUAAAAUAUAUUUUCUGUUAUGUCUUUUGCCUAAAAGGUAUGAUCAGAUUAGCUGGAUCAACUCGAUGUUCAGGCAGGGUUGAAGUUCAUCACAAUAACAGCUGGGGAACAGUCUGUGAUGAUGGCU